AUAAAAUAAAAACAAACAAACAAAAAAAAUCCAAUGAACAACAACUCAUCUAGAGCAGGCCAGUGGUUACAACACUACGAACCACACCAAGUUCAAGAGAUCACUCCGUGCUUCAAUACCAUUAGUAUGAUGUCACCAUCAGCAGCGCAUGAAACAGCCAGAAGGAGAUCUAGGGCUCCGAGGAGAGCCAUACCAACUACUCUCCUAAAUGCAAACCCAAGCAAUUUUCGAGCUCUAGUUCAGAAAUUCACUGGACGCUCUGCGGGUGGUGAAUCCAACCGUGGAAAAGGUCCGGUCACUCUGGAUUUUAGGUCUCCAACUACACUCUCUAAAGAAGGUAUCUUUCCGGUCUCCGGAGACCGGAAUAAUUAUGAUGAAGAUCAUCAUCAUGCGCUUAACCGGCAUGUGAGUAGGGAGCAGCGUCACGUGACUUGGUCAGGUGAGGAAGCAACGACGUUGUACCAGUUGGGUGAAGAAAGUAGCUCGAUGUUUGAUCAAGAUCAUGAUCUUUUCGGGGAGUAUUCCGGGACUAGCAGUUAUGAUGAGGGUUUAGAUCAUAUGGAUUAUUGUUAUCAUGAUUUUUACCUACAGACGGCAACGUUGGAGGAGUUUAUGAUGAGAGACCUUGAUUUAUAAUAUAGCUUGAUUUUAAUCAUCUGAUUAUCAUAAAGCUGAUGUUAAUCAUGAUCAUGAUGAUGUUACUUUGGGGAAUAAGUAUUCGGGGAUACUGCUUUACAA